UCACAGGAACCCGCUCUGAGGUUUCUAGUAUCCUCGCUAGCUGUUCUUGUCACUGUCCUGUGGUGUCAGCAAGGAGAGAGGAGAGGCUUCUGGGUCGCGGCGAACACGUAGGGGUCGUCAAAGGUCCUUUUUUGGAGGUCACAUAAAGCCUUUGCUCAGGGUUCCCGCCCAAAGCUCCCACAAGCUGUGCCAGAAAGCCAGGAAGAGCGGUGUCUGGCAGAUAUCCUAGAACUUUACCCACAGAGAAGAUGCUUCGAGACACCAUGAAAUCUUGGAAUGACAGCCAGUCAGAUCUCUGUAGCAGCGAUCAGGAAGAGGAAGAGGAGAUGGUCUUCGGUGAAAAUGAAGAUGACUUGGAAGAGAUGAUGGAUCUGAGCGACCUGCCCACCUCACUUUUUGCUUGCAGUGUCCACGAAGCGGUGUUUGAGGUCCAAGAGCAGAAGGAGAGGUUCGAAGCUCUCUUCACCCUCUAUGAUGACCAGGUCACAUUCCAGUUGUUCAAGAGUUUCCGCAGAGUGAGGAUCAACUUCAGCAAGCCCGAGGCUGCAGCGAGAGCUCGGAUAGAGCUGCAUGAGAGUGACUUCCACGGCCAGAAGCUGAAGCUUUACUUCGCACAGGUGCAGGUGUCUGGAGAGGCUCGGGACAAGUCCUACUUACUGCCGCCACAGCCCACCAAGCAGUUCCUCAUCUCCCCUCCAGCCUCCCCGCCCGUGGGGUGGAAGCAGAGUGAAGAUGCGAUGCCUGUGAUCAACUAUGACUUACUCUGUGCUGUCUCCAAGCUGGGCCCAGGGGAGAAAUACGAACUGCAUGCAGGAACCGAGUCUACCCCCAGCGUGGUUGUGCACGUCUGUGAAAGCGAAACUGAAGAGGAAGAAGACACAAAAAACCCAAAACAAAAAAUCACGCAGACUCGGCGCCCGGAAGCUCCCACAGCCGCCCUGAGUGAGCAGCUGGACUGUGCACUGUGAGCCCAUCCUCUGCACCUGUGCCUCCUGCUGCUACUGCUGCACCUGCACUGGAGCACAGCCACGAGAUGCUGCUGCAUCCAUCUGGCAGCAAGGUCAGCCUUGCCAGGCCAGACCAUGGGGUGAAGUAGCAGAUGCGGCCAGCUGUUUGAAAUUCCGAGCAAUGCUGCAAACGGCACUUUAAGUGACAAGGUUAGCCCCCACUGUGUGGCACCUGACUCCUCCCCAGUACAUUAAUACCCCAGAACGUAUCGCUCAUUGGGUACCGAAGGCCAGAAUUAGAAUCACCCAGUGCACUACGGUUUUUACAGAUUUAAAAAUUAGUCUCAUAAGUUCAGUAAUUUGUUGUAGGUAUUCUUUGUACCGGUGUGGUCGUGUCUAACAAAUACAUUGAGCAAAGGCUGAAUGUCGCUCAGUAUACAUGACCUUUUUUUGGCACAAACACAAACCUUAGAUCCAAAAUCAUUUGUAGAAGCCUCUUUUUCUUCAGUAUUCUUCCACUAGCCUUGGGGAUGAAUUGCCAAAUGAGUGAGAUUAUCAGAUCGAAACGGCAUGCGCAGACGUGUUCUUGGCUCUCCUCAGUAUCCCUCUUGCAGUUGAUGGAGGUGGUGCCCAGAACCGUGCUCCCAGUGCAGCCCUUCCAGGCCUGGGCUCUGCAAGCAGGAUGUGUCACCCGGAAGCUUGGCUGGUGAUGAUGCGGAGUUGCAGCCUGUGGAGCGCGGCUCUUCAGUUUCUCUCUUGACCAUCCUAGUGCUGGCUUGUCACUCCCUGAGUUGUCCUAUGCUGUGUGUAGAUCUGUGCUAUUAGUCAAGUCUUAAAUUUCAGAAAAUAAGACUUUCCGAAGACCACUUUGAAUUGGGAGGAAUUGUUUCAUUUUUUAUUUUCUUUGAAGACAAGGUUUCACUUUGUAGCUAGCUGGCUUAAAAUCCUCUGUGAUCCUCCUGCAUUAGACCUCCAAGUGCUGGAAUUACAGGAAGUGAGCCACCAUGCACUUCAAAUUUUUCCAUUCAAGUAUUCAACUGUUUGGAAAGGAAAAAAAAAAAACAGUGUAAGAGACAAGGUCUUACACUGUCUAGCCUGAGACCCACUAUGUAGCCCAGGCUGGAAACCAUUUGUUCUCCUUCCUCAGCCUCCUGAGUCCUGGGAUUGAAGGUGUAAGCCCCUGUGUGCAGUCCAUGCUUCCCUUUUAAUGAAAGUUUCCACCUUGGCUUGCAGUUGACUUUCAGCUGGAACUUCUUCUUGCUCUUAAUACUGUGUUUGAGCCUCUGUACGUGAGUGCAGCAUCGCUAGUGUGCUGGGGCUGCAGCCCUCUUACAGAAGGCUCUCCUGCCAGAGUGCUGUGCUCCAGGUGGGUCCGCUGAUCCACUCACUGUGCUCUCUCACUGCACAGCAGGCAUCCGGGGCUGGCUGGGAUAUGUGAAGGGACUGGGCACAGAACUAAGAAACCAGCUUGGCAGCUACUGUAAAGAAAGAAAAAUGGAGACAUUGAAGCCAUGAUUUGUUAGAGCUGAGUGUCUUUUGUGGUAGAAUUGAUUUCUGAAGAUUUAAACUGUAUUGCACACAAAUGCUGACUUGUCGAAACAGGGUCUCAUAUAGUUCUGGUUGACAUCAAACUUGCUAUGUCUCAAGGAUGACCUUGAACUCCUGCCUCUAUCUCCUAAGUGCUAGGACUGCAGAUGUGCCCCACAUCACCAACAACAGCAACAGGAAGGGUUGUCCUUGCCCUCAGGUACUCAGCCCUCAGAUGCUGAACUCUGUGUGUUUGCCAUUGGGAGUCCUCAGUGUGGAUUUGGUUGGAGAUUAUGAUUUCAUCCACACUGGUUUGUUGGAGCCAAGUCAUCCUCUGCUGGGUCAGCUGAUAGGCUCUCCUUUGCACCCAGCUUGGCUUUGCACUUCUGAGCUCGGCAGUUUGCUUCUUUUGGUUGCAGGACAGACCCUACCUGCCAGCAAACAAGUAGAUCUUCAGCAGUUGGGAAGUUUUUGUGUUUCACAUUAUGCAAUAACAAUUCUCUCUAAUUCUCUAAGUGAUCAAAACCUAUUUUUAAGUCUUGGCUUUCAUUUCUAGCUGCCAACUUAAGAACCCCCCCCCCACCCGCCUCUCUCCCGCCUUCCAGAGUUUCUUUGUUUUAGCUCUGACUGUCCUGGAACUUGCUCUGUAGAGGAGGCUGGCCUCGCACUCACAGAGAUCUACCUGCCUCUGCCUCCCAAGUGCUGAGAGGUAAUUAAUUAAAAGUGUGUCCCCCAACACUUGGCCUAUUCCUUUUUUGUUUAAGUCUAGAGGUGCAAACUAUUCAUCUCUUUAAAUCUUUUUGGGAGUAUUAAAUUGUGUGUAUGUAUGGGGCGUGUGCAAGGAGAAGGGAAGCCAUUUAAACUUUCCUGGAUAGCAAAUGUUAGUAUUUUCCUCUUUUCUGGUAUAUUCUUAUCAUAAGACAAGCUCAAGAAGAAGAAAAACUAUUCAUCUGCUAUUGAAUGAAAUGAACCAGAGUCUCCAGGUGUCUGUGUUUAAGCUAUUUUGAUGCUCAGUUCAUGUACCCAUUUUAUAACAGAUGAGUCCCGUUCUUUUGUUUGUUUGUGAAAGGUCUCACGUAGCACGGGUAGCUGCUCUCAGAUUCACUGUGUGGCCAAGGAUGAUCUUGAAUCCUGAUUCUACUGCACCCGCCUCCAAAGGCGAGGAUUACAGAUGUUACAGAUGUACCACAGCACACAGCUUAUCCCUUAUCUUCUUUCCAGUUCCCAUAGUAGAUUUAUGUGCAUUUUUCUUUCAAACUGAAUUAUUUCAAUUCUUUUCUUUUUUGUUUUUGUAGACAGGGUUUUUACUGUGUAACAGCCCUGGCUGUUCUGGAACUCACUUUGUAGACCAGGCUGGCCUCAAACUCACUGUGAAAUACCUGCCUCUGCAUCCUGUGUGCUGGAAUUAAAGGUGUGCACCACCAUGCCUGGCUGACUUAUUUCUUAGAAUUAACUUCCCUAGAGGAUUCUGCAUCCCCCUGUGAGAGUGCCCUGCUGCUCUUCGGGAGCGCUUUCGUACUUUCCCUCAGAAAUCUGCAAUCCUUCUACAGAAAGAAGCUCUAACAGUAACCAUUGGUUUCUUCAGAAAGCCACACCUCUUCGUGGGAAUCAAACUGAGGGAUGUGAGGAAGAGAACGGGGCUUUGUGUUAGGAAAAACCCUGUAAAGGGUGAUGAAGCCGUGACGCUUAGUAGGGCUGGCCAGCAGGACUGCAGGGGUUUGGCUCUUAGAGUCUAGAUUUUUCCAACACACCCACCUGUGGGAGCCAAAGGUCCAUGGAGAGAGGUGGAGAGGCAGGAGCUAGGAGCAGCCCCUCACCUUGGAGAGCUGAAAGGUAGUUUUACUCAUCCCUCAAACGUCAGGAUGGCCACGUACUAGCGGGCACUUGUAAUCCAGCACUCGGAGGUAGCUGCUAGCAGAAGGGUCAGGAGUUCAAGGUUGUCCUCAACUAAAUAGUAAAUUAAGUGUUACAUGGGAUUAUCUCAAAAAGGGAAGAGGAUUCUACAGAGAAGAUUUUAAGUUCUACCGAAAGGUUUACAUAGAGCAUUGUGGCCACUAAAUGGGCAAUUUGAGUUGAGGGGACACCAGGGUACAGGUCAGGAGCAGUUUGCCCCAUAAGGGGACGACUGUUUACCAUUUUCAUGAAAUCUGUCUCUAAAUAUAUUUUAAAAGUGAGAGUUGAGAUUGGUGAGAUUUAAAGAUUUUUAUUUACGUGUCUGUGUGUGUGUGUGUGUAUGCACAUGUACAUAUGGGUGCCCACAAGGGCCAAAACAGGGCAUUAGAUUUCCUGGAGCUGGAGACAGUAGUAAGAUACCUGAAUGAGUACUAGGAACUGAACUUGGUCCUCAAGAGCAGCAUGCAUUCUUCCCGCUGAGCCAGCUCCAGCCCCAGGCCUGCCUUUGUAAAAUGUCAUGAUUAUUGCCAUGGUGGAAACACCUUUAAUCUUAGCACUGCAUGUGGAGCACUGAAUUCAGAGCCAGCCUGGGCUACACAGUGAGUUCCAAGCCAGCCAGGGCUAUACAGUGAGUCCCUGUCUAAAAAAGCAAAUCAGACCAAAAAAGAAAAAAAAGUCAUGAUAAUCAAGUGAAAUGAUUUGACUGUCUUAAAAACGAUGUGACUGACCUGACACCCGACUUACAUGGGCGUGUACAGCACCGCGGGGAUUGUGGUUGGCCUUCCUUUCUUCCACGUCUUUUCAUGCACUGGACUCUUAAAGUAUGGAGGAUGUUUCUUCCUGUCACUUAGAGAAGAGUGGGAGGCCCAGCAGAUAGGAGAGGGACUCCUUAUGGUGAAUGAGAAAUGGCUUUUAAACAUCGGUGAUGGAGGUAGCGACUUGGGAGCUUUUAAUCAGCUUGAUCGUGACUUGUGCUCUUAUCACCAUUGAGCCGUGGGGUUAGAAUCUGCUUCCAUGUUUCCUUUUCACGGCAGUUGGGUUAGCACUUUAUGUGGGCUCCCUGGAGAAUCGCGUUCAUGCUGUUAAAAUGUAACGAGUCCUAAGAGAGGAGCCGGGCACAGAGAAUGAGGCUGCAUGCAUGGAGCUGAAAGUUUGCUGGGGGAGGUCCCCCUCCCUCUGUGCUUAGAAAAUCAAGUUCUGCUCAAGACUAAAGAUGAAUAUGGAUUUAUAUUUUUAUGUAAGCUAUUUUUUUCAAGACAGGGAAAAUAAAUUUUUAUUUAUUCAUGAAACUGUACAUAGGAAAACAUAAUUAAUAACUUCAGUGUUGUACUGCCCAGUUUUCAGUUCUUCAGGAACAUUAUUUAUCACUUUCAAAAUCUGGUCCAGUGCAGCAAACAGGUUUAAAUAAAGGCAUUUCCUCUGGUAAUGGUUUGUUCACGGUCUGUGAAGGACCAUCACUUACGGAGGCUCUGGGUUAGAAUCACAGGAUAGCUGAAUUUCUAGUUACAGAGGACUUAGCGCUGGUGUACGCAAAAUGUUCCACAAGGGUAUUGUGUGCACAGGCACAAUCUUCAGCGAGCCUCGCAGAGCAACACCCUCCUGCUGUGGGCACUGCAUCUCCGGGGUUGACUUUGAGGAUGCGUACACGAUGGUGUGUGAUUUCUUACAAUCUGCAGAAAACCUGAGGGAGCUGGGGGUGUUCCCACUUUGUUCACGUAAGGCCUCAGCACUGCCCGGACCGUCCAAGCGCUUCACACAUUUCUUCUCCUUCGGAGGAGAGAGGCUAGCUGGCUGAAUGGCUGAAGAGGCCGGCGGUCCCGACUGCACAGCGCUACCGCUUAAGCUAUUGAGGCAGGACUCUCUCCUCUCUCUGAAGUGGCAGUCUAGAAACUUCCCCGAUGGUGCUGGCAGCAGGUGUCUCUUCUGGGGCGGUUACAUCCGAUGGCAGCACCUCACGCCUCUUUCUGAGCACAGGCGCUUCAGUUUUCUCAGGUUUAGGUUCGUACUUCAGCUUUGAUUCAUCUAACUUAGCUCUCGGUUUUAUAUUUUCCCUUUCUGAAAGCUGCAGGUGUCUUUCAUUCACAAACAGUUUCCGCUCAAUAUCCAGGGCCCGGCUCUCAAACAUCGCCUUCAUUCUCUGCUCGCCUUUUGUGCUUUCUUUGUUUAACUUACCAAGCUUUAGUUGAAGUAAGUCUGCAUAGUAGGUGCUGUCUUCUAGAGAACAAGGGCUGGCUGAUGUGGAAGGCUUAGAUUCCAUACUUUCAUAUAAGGUGUUAAAUUUCUCCAGAUUUUUAAUUUCACCUAAAAGGUGUUGUAUUUCACCAUUCUUCUGUUCCAAUAUGGUAAACAACCGUUCCUGCUGCUCCAACUCAGUUUGAGAUCCCCACAUCCUCAGCAAUGUGGAGAUUUGUAACUGUAUUUUGUUCAUCUGCUUUCUGGUGAAUGCAUUGUGCUUCUUCAGUGACUGAUAUUUGACUUUCACCGAGUUGAGCUGCCGUUCCCUAGCCACCCUUCGAUCAUCCACCUCUGCAAGCAGGGAGUUGCCUUUACUAUUGGAUCCAAGGCUUGCUGAAGCGCGUGACCCAACUGCACCUGAAGAUCCUGAUUUUCUACGCCAGCUUUUUAUAAUACGGCGCCACUUUGUUCUCUCGCUCCUCUUUUUCUUCUUGAGGCCGGUCUACCCGGUGCAUUAAGGAAGCAGUGGAGCAUUCUAGUUGUUCUUGUUUGUACUGCAGCUCGUUCACCUCUUCUUGGAGAGCAGUUUUCACACCUUCCAUUAGCCAGGCUCUUCCGAUUUGUGGGCGAGAACUUCCUCCUGGUGGUCCAGCUUCUGCUUCAGCUGCUUCUCACUUACCCUCUAACUCCACUUUCAGUUUCUCUAACUUAUUUUUCUGGUCGUUCACUUCCUGCCUGUGGCUUCUGUUUAGCUGCAUUUCUAACUGCUCCGGUUGCGUUUUCUGUUGUUUCAAAGCUUCACAAUCACAGCUCAAACUUUCUAACAUCCGAUUCUUGAGCUCAGCUUCUCUUUGAAGCGCAUACUUCUCUUGGUUAUUACCCUCAGUAACGAUCAUCAUUUCUUCAUGACAUUUACCCAAUUGACUCUGCAAUCCAGUUUGCCUCUCCAAGAGCUGUAAGCCAUACUGUGCAGCUUUCGAUCGCUCCUUUUCACACUCUUUGAGUUUGUUUUGAAGAUCUGUGAUCUCUCUCUCCAUGCUUUCUGUUUUCAGCCUGCUCCCAGUUCACGCUUCCCGGCUGCUGCAACUUGUCCAGAGAGCUUGUCCAGAGAGCACUGGGCAAGCGCCCAGAUUCGUGUCAAUACAUCCACCUCAGCACAAAAAAAAAGCCGCCCUGUUUAUUCAGCUCUAUGUAAACUAUUUUACAGACUUGGGGAUUUAUUUUUAAAGGAUGGCUUUAGGUGUAAUUAUCAGUAGAAGUGUGCAUGAUUCUUUGAUGCCUGGGGUUCGCGCCUGCCGGCUUGUCUCUUCUCUGUAGAGUCUUGGCCCUCACCUGUCACUCAGGUGAGCUUGGUCACCUUUCCUUCUCCCUCUGUGUUCCUUAACACAUCUGUGUUGAGGAAACAGCUGUGUGGGUGUGGUGGCACCGGCCUGUGAUCUCAGCCUUCAGGAGACUGAGACAAGGGGAUUGAAAGGAUGAGAACGUCUUGGGACAUGUAAUCAAAACCCUGUCUCAAAGAAAAAGAGCUAUUUUUCUUUCCUUUUGUGACAAUGUAGAAGAUUGGGAGUCCUGGGGAAAUAUUGCUUCUAAGCAAGAGGCCCACAUUCUACACAGUUAAGAGUAAGGUAUAUGGACCCUGACCAACCACAUGACCAGUGACUGUUGACGUUUUACACUCCCCUUGGAGUGUGCUUCUCCAGAGCCAUCCUCAUCCUCAGCGGGCCACUGUUUCCUUCACUCUUGAGCAGAGCAAAAUGUGACAGUUGAGAGUCCAGGUUACCAAAUGUCGUCAGGCAUGAUGGCACGCCUGUCAUCCCAGCACUUGGAAGGCGAAGGUAGGAGGAUUGCUGCAGCUUAAGGCCAGCCUGUGCUCUAUGAGACCCUGUCUCCACAGAAGGGCUGCUGGGUGUACACAACAGCAGCUGUUGGAUCUCUAGCCAGGGCUGGGAACUUGUCCUGUUCCCUGUAAGGUUUCUGUCAGAGCUGCGAAGUGACCUCAGGGAGGUAAAUGUGCAGAGACCUGCUAACUUGGGUUUGUGCUUUCUCUUGGGAACCUGCAACUCUUGAAGAGGGUCCUGUGACCCUUGGAGCUCCCACAUGGCCUUGACUGGGUGUGCAUUCUUACCAUGAGGAGGAUUUAUUUUCUAUCUAUGCAGAUAAUUGGUGUUUUUCUGUAUUGUUCCCUGUUGGUCUCCAAUCUCCCAAAGUCAGGUGGAGAACUAAGGGGAGACAGCAGGUGUCGGUCUCGCGACUGCGCCAUAGCCACUGCUGUCAGCCCCUGAGUGUUUGUUCCCGUCACUGUGGAGCAUUUGCGUCUUUGGAGUGUGGGGAAAGCCUUCGCAGCCAUUGUGCUUCGUUCUUCAUACUCAAACCUGCAGUGGGAUUUGUUCCUGAAUCUGGACGUGUCUAAUCUCCCUGGGCCCAUGCACUGUAGUGAAUACUCGCUGCACUUGUGAAAACCGGCCAGUGAUCUUCAUGUGUCCGUGUUUUAGUGUGCUUGAUGUGACGGGCCAUAGUUCAUUAUCAGCUUCAACUGUCCUGUGUUCCGAGGCUCUCUAAACAUUCCUUGUCCUGUGAGGUGACAAAAGCAGAAUGUAAUUUAGAGGACACUUUGCAAUUACAUGUAACAAGUUUUGAUGUUGAAACUAAUAAAAAGGUUGUUUUUUAAAAUCA